GUAGCAAAUCAGCAAAAAACCCGGAAAAUGUCAGAUAAUCCGUUCGCCGACCCGUUUUCGGCUCCACCACCACCGCCAGCAGCAGCAGCAGCAGCAUCAAAACCCACUUCAGGAGGUACAAUUGAAACAGAAGAUUUCAAUCCAUUCGCGAAUAGAGCCGGCGGCUCAAAUGCUCAACCAACCACUCAUCAGUCAACCGGCUCACUGGGCAACAAAUCCGCCGGAAUGGACGAUGAAUUGUUCAGAAAACAGCAAGAUUUGGAGCGCCGUGCUCAGGAGCUCCGAAUGAGAGAGGAAGAGCUUGAUAGACGACAGAGAAGUGCAGCAGGUGGCAAUAAUUUGAACACAAAUGCUCAAAACAAUGCUCCACGCCCACACAAUUGGCCACCACUUCCAACAAUAAUUCCAAUUGAGCCAUGCUUCUACCAAGAUAUUGAAGUGGAAAUUCCCGUCCAAUUCCAAAAGACUGUCACAUUCGCCUAUUACGUAUUUCUAAUGUACGUACUUGCGUUGGUUGUCAACGUGUUGGCCUCGUUGUUCUAUAUGAUAUUCGCCGGCGGUUCAAUCGGUCAACUAUUUCUCGCGUGCAUUCAGCUGGCUCUAUUCUCGCCGUGCUCAUUUCUUUUCUGGUUUCGUCCGGUUUAUAAGGCGUUCAGAAAUGAUUCGUCAUUCAAUUUUAUGGUCUUCUUCUUUGUUCUCUUCUUCCAUUGCAUUUUCACGUUUGUUCAAACUCUCGGCUUAUCCAAUUAUGCUUGUGGAUGGAUUAAUGCUCUCGAUACUUUUAAUGUCUCCGUGCCAAUCGCCCUUCUCAUGCUUAUCUCGGCCAUCACAUUCACCGUCGCCCUCACCGGAAUGGUCACCGCCCUUGUAAAAGUGCACCGCCUGUAUCGUGGAGCCGGCUUCUCCAUCGACAAGGCUCGUCAGGAAUUCACAAAUGGUGUUAUGUCGGAUGCUGGUGUACAGAGAGCCACUCAGGCAGCAACUCAGGCAGCCGCCGGAGCCGCCUUCAAUCAGGCGACUCAAGGACGAUUCUAAUUGCCUAUUUUUAUGUAUUCAUUUCUAUCAACAACAAAAAAAACGUUAUAUUUUUCACGUGGUGCCAGGGGCUGUCCCAUUACGGUUUGAUCUACUAAAAAUGUAGGAAUUUUUUGCCCAAAAAAAUAUAAAAAAUGUGACGUCAGCACGUUCUUAACCAUGAGAAAUCAGUUGAAAGCUCUGCGUCUCUUCUCCCGCAUUUUUUGUAGAUCAGCGUAGAUCAAGCCGAUAUGGGACACUCUCUUACCCAUUUAUUUCCCCCUAUUUUCCCUUCGAAAUCCAUCCGAAUUGUUCAUAAUUUAUUUAUUUUUGCAGUCCACCUUUCCAUCCCAAGCACAUAAAGUUGAGUGAAAAAUUAUAGAUU